AUGGCCUCUAAGGGUCAGCGCAAGGGUGAUGCCAAAAAAAAAGCAAAGCCGACGCCGUUCAACAGCAAGAACCCCUUGCACAUACCCGAACUCGCGCGGCUGCUCAAGAUCGCGCGCGAGAAAUACCAGCUGAAACAAUCCACCGAGUUGUUGAACUUCGUGACGUGCACCGGUCCUGUGUGGGGCGAAAGAAACAAAACCGAACCGGGGAUCACGUUCCAGCGCAAGGCGCCCGACGGUGGGCUGCUAACGAGAAUUCUCAAGACCUGCAAGCCGGAGGAGAAAGCGCCGCCCAAGGAGAAGUGGCACAAAGGCGUCGACGCCGCCGGCCCGGGCGAAAACUUGGUGGUAGCCGUCGUCUUCAACGACGGCCGCGACGAGGACGCGUCGGACGACGGCACGGGCGCGGAGGUGCUCGCGUUCCAGUCGAAUGGAGGGAAGGGUGUCUGGUACCCGGUCCUGAUGGGGCGCCACUCUGUCUCAUUCGCGCCGGACGCUAUGCGGGAGGACCUGGCGCGACGGCGCUUCCACGACGCGCACGGCGACGCCCGCGAGCCGACGGCCGAAGAACUCGCAAGGUACGCGGCCGCGGUCACGCGGGAGGACUGCGAGGAAGAGGCGUUCACGCGGGCGCAUCGAGAGACGGUCGUCGCGCUGGCGCUGCACCCGGACCACGAUGGCGCGGAGAAGCGCCUCCCCGUGGGCACCGAGAAGGAGCGCGCCUUCAAGGAGUGGGUCAUCGCGGAGAUGGCGCGGCGGAAGGCGGCGGGCGGGUACGUUCCGCGCGGCCUCGUGGGAGAAGGCGGUGGAUAUAGCGCCUUGCGGCGCGCCCUCGGCCUCGGCCCGGGCAUUCGCCCCUGCCAGGUCGACCCCGACAACUGGGUCGAGGUCUGGUACUACGAGGGCCCGCGCGGCCAGCGCGUGCGCAAGAAGCAGCGCUUCCGGCGCGACAAGAACGGCCUCGCCAAGGCGGCCGACCUCGUGCUGAAGAGGUGCGGCAAGGCGGUGCGCCACGCGGAGCUGCGGGAAAACCUCGCGGCGAGCAAGCGCGGCGUCAAGGACGAGCACCUGCCGAACCAGCCCGGCAGGGCGGCGGUCGCGUCGAGGCGGGGCCACCGCACCGCGCCGCUGCCGACCGCGCCGCCGCCGACCGCGCCGCCGCGACGGCGCAGCGCGCCCGCCGCGCGCGCGCCGACUCCCGUGGAAAGCGCCGCCACGUGGCGCUUUGAUUGCUUGUGCGGGGUGUCCGGCACGAACUUCGACGACGGCUCGGCCAUGUGGGAGUGUCCGGCGUGCAACACGUGGCAGCACGCCAUGUGCGCCGGCGGCGCGGAAGACGCCGAGUGCCCCGAGGACUACGUGUGCAUCCGCUGCCGAUCCCAAGAAGCGGGGGCCGCGGCGCGCCGAGGCCCCGGCGCCGCCGCCGUGCCCGCGCCCGCGCCCGCGCCGCGGCCGCCGCCGCGGCGCCGCGAGCCGCCCGCGCCGCGCGUGCCGCCCGCGCGCGCGCCGGCGCCCGCCACGUCGUCGCGGCGCCGCGGCGCCACGGCCGCGGCCGACCCCGCGCCUGCGCCUGCGCCGCCGCCGCCGGCGGCGCGGGGCCGCCGCGGGCCGACCGGGCCCACGCGCGCGGGCGCCGCGCCGCGGCGGCCUCGAGACAAGACGCCGGCACGGAGGCCGACGGCAGCUCCUACGUCGUCCGCGAAGGCGGGGAGGAAGUCAAAGAAGCCCAAACCGUCUGGUAGAGGCAGCGACGGCCAGGACGACCGGGACGCCAUGCCCAUCUCGCCGACGCACGGCCGCCGCGGCGAUGGCGCCGUCGCCGCCGCGCCGGAAGCUGCGGCCAACGCGCGGCGCCGCCAGCCGCCGCGCCGCGCCGCGGCAGCUGCCCCGGCACCGGCGGCCGCGUCGCCACGCGGCGCGCGCGCGCGCCGCGGCGGCCGCGGCCGCGGUGCUGCUCAGCGGUCGCCGACGCCAUCGCCGAUACCGCCGCGCUCGCCGAGCGCAUCGAGCGAGUCGCGCGGCCGCCCGUCGAGCUCGAAGCGCAGCCGCCGCAAAAAGGCCGCGUCGCCGCCGCCGCCGCCGUCGGACGACGACGCCUCCGACUCCGACAGCACCGAGUGCGACCACUCCGACGACGACCCGGACGAGCCCGCGCCGCUCCACCCGCCGCCGUCCAGCCGCUGUUACCGCGAUUACUGGGAACGGCUGCACCGCCGCCGCGCGUGGCAGACGAAGCCCACGGCGAGGCUGAAGCGGGAGUUCCUGAUUAUCGAGGCGCGCCACCGGCUGAUCUGCUCCAGAGUGGGCGUCGAUUUGGAUCGCCGGUGGCACCUUGCGGUGCCGUGCCCGCCGGACCUGCUCCUCGGCAUGGGCGAGGUCGACGAUCGUUUCGCGGCGAUCUUCUACGGCGCCCGGGCGAAGCACACGGCCGGGAAAGCGCGCGUCGCGCAGAUCGAGCGCGACUUUUUCGGCCCGAACGGGCCGGGGCCCGACAUCCUUCAGAAGGUCUACGGGCUCGAGGACGCGCUGACCGCCCGGCAAUACCGCGUGAUCCGGCGCCUCUGGAAGGUGGACACGGUCCUCUCCGAGUACGAGCUCGUCAUUGAGGCCGUCGUCCUGCGCCCCUUCGAACUUUAUUAUCGUUGGAAGGGCCGCCGCGAGAAAGCGGAGAUCAAGCGCUAUACGGGCCACGCGCGGUUCAAGCACGUGGGCUCGACCGUCCACGCCGCUUCCGUGAGAUUGCGAAACAUGGAGCGGAUGGGCGUCUUAUAG